CCACCACUAUCAUCACCAUCACCACCAGCCUCUCAUUCCCACUACGGACGCCACCACCUCCACACAACCACCUCCAUCACCUCCACCUCCAACACCACCAUGACCACGUACACGGACAAGGGGCCCAAGCCCGAUGGAGGAAAAUUUCUACACUUCGACCACGUUACCUUCUGGGUCGGCAACGCUAAACAGGCCGCCAGCUAUUACAUAACAAGGAUGGGCUUUGAACCCUUUGCGUACCGGGGCCUCGAGACGGGUUCACGCGAAGUCGCUGCUCACGCCGUCCGCCAGAACAAGAUUGUGUUCGUGUUCGCCUCCGCCCUCAGCCCCGGCAACGAAGAGAUGGGCCGUCACCUGGUACAGCACGGGGAUGGGGUCAAGGAUUUAGGCUUCACGGUGGAGGACCUGGACACCAUCAUGAAGAGGUCCAAGGAGCGCGGGGCGAAGGUGUUGCGGGACAUCUGGGAGGAGGAGGACGAGGGUGGCAAGGUGAGGUUCGCGCGUGUGCAGACCUACGGGGACACGACGCACACCUUCAUCGAGAGAGGUGACUACAAGGGCCUCUUCCUGCCGGGCUACAAGGCGCCGCUCUACCCCACCGACCGCCUGCUGGAGAAACUUAAGCCCGCCAACCUGGACUUCAUCGAUCACGUGGUGGGGAAUCAGCCGGACUUGGAGAUGGAGAAUGCCGUUGCCUGGUAUGAGAAGCACCUUAUGUUUCACCGCUUCUGGUCCGUCGACGACAAGCAACUGCACACCGAGUUCUCGGCUCUCCGCUCCGUCGUGGUGACCAACUACGAGGAGACGAUCAAAAUGCCGAUCAACGAGCCAGCGCCGGGUAAGAGGAAGAGUCAGAUCCAGGAGUACGUGGACCAUUACGGCGGGGCGGGGGUGCAGCACAUCGCUCUCAACACCAAGGACAUCAUCACAAGCAUCAAACACCUUCGGGAGCGCGGGCAAGAGUUCCUUCGGGUGCCGACCACGUACUACCAGCAGCUACGCAAGAGGCUUCUGGAGUCCAAGGUGCGCAUCACGGAGGACAUGGCCGUGCUGGAGGAGCAAAACAUCCUGGUGGACUUCGAUGACAACGGUUACCUGCUGCAGAUCUUCACCAAGAACAUGCAGGACAGGCCCACGGUGUUCCUCGAGGUCAUCCAGCGGCAUAACCAUAGCGGUUUCGGCGCCGGCAACUUCAAGGCUUUGUUCGAGGCUAUUGAGCUGGACCAGGCCGCCCGAGGGAACCUGUAAACCUUUCUCUAAACCCUUUCUGCCUCUUUUUUUCCAUUUCCUCCUUUUUACUUUUCACUCCAUCCUUAUUUUUUUUCUCAGUAGUUUCCUCAUGUCUCCCCUUUUUCCCUUCUUGAUCUUUCUAACUUUCUUCUUUUCCAUACAAACUGUUUCACCCUCUCUUUUUCUCUUUCCUCCUCUUCCCCCCCUUUUCCCUUUUCAUCUUUCUCCCUUUCUUCUUUUCCAUACAAACUGUUUCGCCCUCUCUUUUUCUCUUUCCUCCUCUUCCCCCCUUUUCCCUUUUCAUCUUUCUCCCUUUCUUCUUUUCCAUACAAACCGUUUCACCCUCUCUUUUUCUCUUUCCUCCUCUUCCCCCCCUUUUCUUUUUUCAUCUUUCUCCCUUUCUUCUUUUCCAUACAAACUGUUUCGCCCUCUCUUUUUCUCUUUCCUCCUCUUCCCCCCCUUUUCCCUUUUCAUCUUUCUCCCUUUCUUCUUUUCCAUACAAACUGUUUCGCCCUCUCUUUUUCUCUUUCCUCCUCUUCCCCCCUUAUCCUUUUUCAUCUUUAUCCCUUUCUUCUUUUCCAUACAAACUGUUUUACCCUCCUAUUCUAUUUCUCUCUACUGCUUUAUCUUACCCUAACUUCCAUCACUGUCUUCCUUUCUUUUUUCCUCCUCCUCUUCCUUAUCCUCCUCCUUUCCUCAUCCAACUCUUCAAUCCAUGUCUGCCCUUUCACUUUCAUUCUUCCUCCUCGUUCUCUUCCUCUGCUUCCUCCUCCCCCAGCACAUCAUUCUCUGGCUCUUCCUCCUUCGACUCUUCAAUCCCUAUCUUCCCUUUCUUUCUCCUCCUCCUCCUCCUCAACCACCUUUAACACCUGGAAAUAAGGUCACCUGGAUACACCUGAGUCCUUGGGUGAGUCACUGAGCAUUAACGGAGUCCUAACCGCGUUCCUUGGCAAGCUCAUCCUAGAAGUAGAGAAAUAGAUAGAUAAAUGAAAGGAUACAUAAAGACAAAGAUACAGAUAUGUGAAUAGAUUAAUGAACAAAUGCACUAAGAUUCUCAUAUCAUGCAAGAAAAAGAAAUAUCAUUAAGUUGUAUAGUUAUUUGGGCAUUUGAUAAUCUGAGGAAUAAAUUUGUUACCGAAAAAAAUUACAUCCUUACUUUCAUGUUAAAAGAGGGAAUGUUAUUUUUUUUUUUUUAUUCCUCUUUCAGUGUUUACAUUACACUGAGCCACAUUGUUUUCUAGAGAUGCAAACACAUUCACAUUGAUCUUGAUUUCAGAAAAGGUACAGCAUUAUUUUUUUCUUCUUUUUUGGCAUUUAUUUUUCAGUAACAAUUGAGUUUAAAUUAAUGAAAAAGAAAAAAAAAAUACUCACAAAAAAGUGAAGGCCAUUAAUUUUUCUUCCUUUUUUUAGUAUUUACAUUAAACUGAGCAACGAACUCUUGGUUACUGAAAAGCUUUAUUUUUCUUAUUUGCCGUUUGUACAUUAAUCUGAAGCACAAAUUAGUUACUUCCGUAGUGUUGAAAAGUCUGUAAUGUAGUCAUAAUUUGUAGAAAAAAUACAUAAUACUUUAUUAAUAUAAAAAAAAACCAUGUACCAAUUAUUCAUAAGUAAAAUUUAUUAGAUUUGUGUUUGAGUAGUGUUGAAUAGAGAGUAUGGUUAUAUUUCUCCAUUAGCAUGUGUCAAAAAAGUAUAGGAUAUUAGCCCUGUCAUGGUUGUAUAGAUGUAUUAACCUGAGAUCCGUCCAGUGCGUUGUAAUCUGUAUUUGGGUGCUUAGGGCCGGUUUCACAGUCACUGUUUGUUUUGAUCGUUACCAAUGGCGGCGAUCGCGCUAUAGCAUUUCCACAUAAAACUGGCCGAUGGGGUAGUGGCGGCUUCGUGGUUAGCCUAGCCCCGCACCUUGCCACACACUCAACACCUCUCGCUUCCUCUGCAGGCACCACUACCCCAUAGGCCAGUUUCACGUGGAAAACUAUAGCGUCGAUCUCCGCCAUUGGUAACGAUCCAAACAAACAAAGUGACUGAAGGCGGCCCUUAAUCAUCCUACUUGUGGAGUGUAGUUCUGUACUGGUGACGAAACUCAUGAUUAGUUUCCUCCAGUUUAUCAGUGCUAGGAAUAUUUCUUGUUCAAAAACCUAAAAAAAAUAUUUCCAUCAUAUUUUUGCGGCUCAAAAAACUAAAAUAUAUUCCUUUCACUACACUUUUCUUAUUACAAAAAGGUUGUGUAAGGAAUGGCUACUUUUGAAGUACACUCAAAAUUUUUUUUUCAUGAUAUUAAUUUAAGGUUGUGUAAGAAUUACUUAAUGUAUCGUUAAAUAACUAUAAAAAAAACAUCCAUUAUUAUUCCGUCCAUUAUAAUUCCCAAGACAGUGUAAAAAUGUAUGCUAAAUAGUGGUUGUGUAGCAAUGCACACCCCAACUAUUAACACUCCGUCAUUUAUAAGCAUCAAAACACCCAUUAACAUCCGUCCAUUAGAAUUAUGAAGACUGUAAAAACAAAUGCUAAAUAAUGGUUGUGUACAGCAGUUCAAACACCUAUCAAUACUUCGUCUUUUAUAUGUAUCAAAGCACCAAUUAGCCUUCCAUUAUAAUCACCAAGACAGUGUUGAAAUAUAUACUUAAACCUCUAUGUCACAGCAGCAAUCAGUGACUUGUUCCGUGCGUGUAGUAUCUGUGUCUCUCUCUCUCGUAGUGUUGCAUUCCUUGUGCUGUACAUUGCAUGGGUUCAGGGCAGCAGCUGUCAAGUAAACUACAAAACUACUACUUGGUCUUUUCAUUCACCUCGGCCAUUCUUUCUCCAUUCCCUUUUUUCCCGUAUUACUAUUAUUAUUAUCAUUAGCAAUUAUUAUGAACUUGUCUUUUAGUGGUGCAGUUUUGUGUAUAUCGCUCUCCUCUGUUUCUUUUUUAGUCUUAUGAUUAUGGGGUGGAAAUAACAAUAAGAAAAACGUGAUAAUAGAACGUUAGUGUGUAUCUUGUAUUUACAGUGGAGAUAAUGAUGAUAAGUAAGUGUUAACCCAUUAGUGAGUAUCUUGUAUUUAUGGUUGAAAUAAUACGAAGAAAAUUAUGAUAAUACAAUGAGGGAAAAGGUUGGUUGAGUAUUGUAUUAUCAUUCACUCUUUUUCUCUUAUUUUGACAUUUCUUAUUGGUUCUGUUAUUCGUAUCUAUGUAUGUGGAAAUAUUAAGAUGAAAGUUAUAAUAAUACACAGGAAAAGAUUAGUUGACUACUGUAUCAUAUCAUUCACUCUUUUCUCUCUUUCAACACUUUCUAUCAUUAUUUCUCGUAUGUAUAUUCUUCCAUUAUUUGCAUUGGUCUACAGUGGCUAUAUAUGUUGUAUGUAGCAUCAAGUAUCAUCAUGUACGCAGCAAAUUAUGAGAAAAGGAAAGAAAAACUGGUUCGAACCUUAUGAAUGAACCAGUUGAAACAUUCGAAGCGGGAUUCAGAGUGAGUGAGAGACGUCGGUCACUUGUACGCUGGGAGGUGAAGGAAGAGGAGGUGCGGCUGGCGGUCCUUCGUCCUCGUCCUCGUCAGAAGAGCCGAGAAGUGUUUCUGAGGUACCCAUUUAUCAACCUGCAUGAGAGGGAGGAUGAACAGCUGGAUGGGUUGUGUGGCGACUGCCCAAGAGGAGAGUCAUACACUAGCCUACGGAUUUGUAGCCAGGCGUGCUGACCCCUGCACCACAGAGGUCAGUGCCUUAUAAUUAUAAAGGUCAUGUCAGCAGCAGAUUGUGUGGAGCAGUCCGUCCUAAUGUCUGCACCUCCACACCCCAUCAAGGAGGAGGCUGCGGCACUCCCUUCCUGCCAGCACACGGCCCAUACACGCCUUCAUCCUCCUGUCCUCCCAGCCUUCCUCCAAGAUGGAUGGUUCAUGAAGUACGAUUGACUGCAGAAUCACCCAGCCACGGCAUGCAAGGCUUUCCCUCUGGACCAGGCAGCUGGUUGGAGGCGUGCCACACCUGCCGUGGGGUGAAGACACUUGGCACCACUUGUGAAAGACGAGUGUGUGGGGCAUAUGAAGAACACUUCAGCUCCCUUGACAAGUUAUGUUUAAUACAAGAAGUGAAAUGUUCCUGGAUGUAUUUGUAAGGUAAUGUCUUCCUGUCUGGAAGGCUAAUCAAUAAACUUUUUCCUGGGCCA